CCAGGGACAGCCUAGGUUUUGACGAUCAGGCUGAGCCCGUGUUGCAUCCUGUGCUCCAGGAGCGGUGCUUGUCGGUGGAGCAGUCAUCCCUUUGAGUAGUCGAUUGGGCAUUAGGAAGCGACGAACAAACUGUUCUUCCGAGAUCCAUCUGGGGAGAAAGUAUACCAGAGACCUCGCUUGGGCUCAGAGUGAUGUCCUUCACGUUAUGGUUCGCGUUGUGUACCACUGCUAACUUGUUCACUGUAACUUAACUUUUACAGCCCUGUUCAUCCAUUCAACUACUGUCCUGCACUUAGUGAGGCUAUCUGUUUGAUGAUCGCUGACAUCAGGGCCACUAGAGCCAACUUCAGCAGGCCUUGUCAUCUCUGAGCAUAUUCGUCAAUCGUAGGACGAUAUGAUCGUGAUUCCUGUGCGCAAAUGCCAUCUGCCAGAGUAGUUUCCUCCUCUCACUCUUCGUCGAUCCCCUUUACUCUCCUUCUUCUAGUCGUUCCGCUUGGCCUACAGUGCUUCUCCUCGUGCUCGGCGAAAAGCUGGAAGUCAAAUAGUAGAAGAUUCGUACCACAGCAGCAUGAUAAUCCGAGAACCUUAUGGGAGCAGACACCGAAUAGAUCCGCUUAUCGGUCGGGGGCGACUGAUGAGCCUGUUUCAAAAACAAGCAACAAGACUGCCUCGGAUAACGUCUUUCAGGAACGCGGAAGACCUUAUCAGCCUGACGCUAAAACGAUUGUGAUAGAACGAGGUUUUUCGAGUAUAACAGACGAUGCAGACACGACCGUGACAGGCUUAAAAGCCUCAGGUCUUUAUAGAGUGCUGAAGCCAACAGCAACACGAGGACGGCGAGCGAGGUUACUAGCGGAUAAGCGUUAUAGCGGGUACACGACAGUGAGCGAGGUGACGAUUCCCAUCAAGAAGCCGAAGAUCGUGGCACCCUGUCGGCUCAUUCUGCUGCGAGACGCCGCUUUCGCUAACACCUCCAACAAGCCCACAAUCCAAGUUGCUUACACCCCGCCAGCUGGAUGCGGCUUGGCGUGGAAGCAGGUGGUUCUCAGUAUCGGUGUGCGAGUUAAGGGGAUACAAGAAGGAAGGGUUCUGUCCAUCUUCUUCAACGGAUUCGAGCUCUCAAGAUCGCUAACCACACCCGGCUCAGCCAAUGGCGUGCGCUUCGCGUUUGAGAGGGACCUCACCAAGUUCUCAAGAGUCCUGCGCAGGAGAGGCCGUUUUUCUAUCACACUGGAAAACGCUCUAGAUGAAGUGAACACCGGCAUCUUCUAUGUAGAUCUCGAGGUCUCCUUCUAUGGGGGAUUAAUCUCCCCACACGUGCCACACAGCCUGCUCCCCCUCUCCUCCUCCAAGACACGUGGCCGACCCCUUGUCCUCUCCGGGAAAGACGCCAGGGGAAUCCUGGGAACUAGUCAGCAGUCGCCAGGUGGCGGCGCGCUGUUCAGCCAGGCGUCGGCGUCGGUCCUGGUGUCGGGAUUCCCGAGGAAUCUGGUCCGCGCUGAGCUGGACCUCACGCUGACGCCGCAUGGAGAUGACAGAGCGUACUUCAGUAACCUGCUGGAGAGCUACUAUUCCGGUCUGCCUGACUCCCUCAAGGCGAACUUCAUAUCAGGAAGCCCCUACCGAGAGAUAGUCGUCUACAUAGAUGGAAGAUUCGCAGGCUCGUUCUUCCCCUUCCCCGUCCUCUCCCCCUCCUCCCUCCGCCGCUCCCUCUGGACCCCCGUGGUGGGGAUCGGGUGCUUUGGCCUGGAGCCAUACUCUUUAGACGUGACCCCGUUUGUGGGACUGCUUGCGGACGGGAGGAAGCACAAUGUUACGGUUGCUGUUUCGGGGGUGCUGCCGGGAGGGGUCUGGCUGGCGAGUGGGGUGUUCCGCAUGUGGUUGGAUCCGGUUAUGCUGAAGACAACAGGGAGAAUCACCGUCUUUGAUGUCCCAGCGCUGCAGUACUAUGAACCUCCUCCAAACAUCUACACUGGCAUAGACGGGACCCUAGAGGCCACUGCCAUGCGGCACUACACCAUUGGUGGACGAAUCCUCACUUCUCGUGGGGUGGUAACCAGCCUGGUGAAAGCAUAUCAUGUGCUCCAAAGUCGCACGGAGGCCCUCGGGCAGAUGAAAUUUCUGAAGACGGAGUAUAAUGUUGUUGCGAAUGUGACAACAAGGAGGGGAAGGCUGAGCGGAAUGCUGAUUGCGAAGGACACGGUGACACAUCACUUUCCAUUGACCAUCACCCAAACUGUGUUCUCGGACCAAGAUGGAAGCACCUCCUUCAAGCUGUCUCUCUCCCACGACUUCCAACAGCAGCGCCUUCACAAUGACAACAACAUGCUCACAAAAUCCACCCUGGAAUCUCUGGUCAACUCCCAGACAUGCGACCUGCUCGAGUACGGGAUCAGCACAGACAGCACAGGUGGCACAGAUGGCACUACCAGCUCUGGCACCAGCAGUGGUGGACUGAGUGACACUGACGGCAGUGGCAACGGGAGUUCUGCUAGCACAAGUAGCACAGCGAGCACGGCCGGCACUUCAAGCAGCGCUACCAGUGUGAAUGCUGCCGGAAAUGCUAUGAAUGCGGUUGAUGGGGCUGAUGCCACUGGUGUGGUUGUUGGGCCGUUUUCUGCGCCGAAUUUGGUGGUGGUGGGAGGGUCUCAGACCCUUAGUUUCAAAAGCAGCAACAAGAAGGCUUGCUUCUGGCGGAAUGUGGAGAGUGGGGGGAUGCAAGUGCUCUCAGAUGGGUCCGAGCACAAGUGCUAGAGGCGCGCCUGUGCUGUUUUGUAAU